CUUUGCUGCACGAUCUGCUCCGGAGCGGUGAGAUGUGCUUUUCUUCUUUAGCGAGGCGAGAAACAGGUCUGCGUUGCAUAUCCUUAGAUCCAGAUCUUUCUUCUUACUCUCCAAGCGAAGAUCAUAUCAUCAAGGAAAAUGCAAAGGUAACAAAAGGGGGGUCGGGAAAUCUUGAAAUUGUGCAGAUACCUGAAUCAGUCGUACCCGGCCACUUACAUCAAUGUAUACGAGUCUCUUUGGAGGUCUCUUUUUAUUUUUGUCGCUUCGUGUGCUGGUGCGAGGUGGCCCACGAGGGCGGGACAGGAACAGGCAAGGAGCCUGCUACUCUCUGUUGCAGGUACCCGGGUUACAAAGGGAAAAGAGAGAGGCAGCUAUUUGGGGAAAUAAACAAGGGCAAGGGUCACUCUUUUCGCUUCUGUGCCUUCUUCAUGCUCCGUGCCGUGUCGCAUGCAGGCCAAGGAGCGACUCUCGGGAUGUCGGGGCGUGUUACCAGAAUAAUUUCUUUCAUCGCGUGUCUCUUCGAAUUCUUUUUGUGGGUGGUGACACUGCAUCAGAUAGACCCAAGAGCAGUGUCGCUGGGAAUAUCUCACAUGCAGUCGCGAACACGAGAUGGAUUCGAGCAUGGGACGACAUGACUUGACAGAUAGGCCUACCGCACUUACCUUGUCCACGGCUGCGGUCACCUCCGGAAAGCGACAGCAGCAGAGAGUCUGACUGCGAGGUCCCGUAUGUCGGGACGCGAAUUCAAGAAAAUCUCUCCUUCUCUUGAUAACCCGGAACAAUCUCACGCGUGCUCAACCGUCUUCCAAGUCGCAAAGCCAGCCCUCAAGUGGAAUGGGCAGAGCCAAGUAGGAUGAAUCGUGGCCAAGUUUUGAAAGGGUGGGGAAUGUAAGAGCAAAGCGGGGGUGUU